UUAUUUUUUUCAAAGAAAAGAAGGGACGUUUAUUGAGACUGAUCCGGUCCUGUUCUUUCAAAAGUCGCCGAAAUCAAGAUGUCAAAUUCUGGGAAACUUCUUGAGGAGUAAACGUAAGGAACAGAGAAAAACUUCAAAUCUUCUUCAUCUUCAUAUUUAUUUCCCAUUUUUUCAUCUCUAAACAAAGAAGAAGAAGAAGAAGAGAAGAAAAUGAGGAGAGUCUUCGGCGUUAAGAAAGAUAAAGAACCUCCUCCUUCUAUUCAAGAUGCUUCCGAUAGGAUUAAUAAAAGAGGUGAUUCAGUGGAUGAGAAGAUCAAAAAGCUUGAUGCUGAGCUCACUAGGUAUAGGGAACAGAUUAAGAAAACACGGCCUGGACCUGCUCAAGAGGCUAUAAAAGCUCGAGCUAUGAGGGUUCUUAAACAAAAGCGAAUGUAUGAAGGACAACGGGACAUGCUUUACAACCAAACGUUCAACCUUGAUCAAGUUGCUUUUGCUUCUGAGGGUAUUAAAGAUGCUCAGCAAACUAUGACGGCUUUGAAAUCUGCCAACAAGGAGUUGAAAGGAAUGAUGAAAACUGUGAAGAUCCAAGACAUAGAUACCUUGCAAGAUGAGAUGAUGGACUUGAUGGAUGUGAGUAACGAAAUCCAAGAGACCCUGGGUAGAAGCUAUAAUGUUCCAGAUGAUAUUGAUGAGGAUGAACUCAUGGGAGAACUGGAUGCAUUGGAGGCAGACAUGGGAAUGGAAACUGAAUCUGAUGGUGUACCUUCUUAUCUCCAACCUGAUAAGGAACCUGAUCUGGAAUCAGAAAUCAACUUGCCCUCGGCACCAAUAGGACAUGCAGCAGCACCAGUGGGUAGAAAUAAUGCCCAGGCUGAAGAUGAACUAGGUUUACCUGCUGUCCCUCGGGCGUCAAUACGCGGUUAGAUGACUACUUGGUGUAGUCCAUGUGUAUAUUUAAAAGGAGUUGUGGUGCCAGAAUCUGCUUUGAUUUGAUCCCGUGAUUUGAUUCGAUUGUUAAUUGGAGGUUGAACUUAUUUCUUCUAAUAGAUUUCUUUUCUUUUAACCCUUCACAUUGGCAAUAACUACUGGGGAUAUUUUCGUGUAAAAUUUGAAAAUCUAUUUGAUGGAUAUAUAUAUUUGCGUGUGCA